AUGAUAUUUAAAAUCGUGACGUCGUGGAAAUUUAAGAAGGCAGUGAUGAAAAGUUUGUUCCAACACAUAAAGACAUCUAAAGUGUCUUGCAGACUUUGUUAUUGUUUGAAUAUUGUCUGAAAUGGCUAAUCAAGUGUUACUUGAACUGGAAUCAGCAGCACAAAUAAUGUUGGCACCACCAUCAGUUGUAACCAGUGACCAGCGCCAUUCAGCAGAGGUGAUGUUUCUGAAUUUUCGCAAAACAAAAAGUCCAUAUGAAUUAUGCAGACAUAUUCUUGAAACCAGUUCAGUACCAUAUGUUAUUUUUGAGGCUGCGGGGCUGCUGAAAGAUGCCCUGAUAAGGGAGUGGUCACUCCUGCAGGAAACUGACCUGAUUUCACUUCGUCAGUAUUUGCUGCAGUACAUCAUGCAGAAACAGUUACAGUCAUUUGUUCGAGAGAGAAUUUUACAGGUUAUAGCUAUAAUGGUUAAACGUGGAAGUGUGGAAGAUUUUGGGAUGCAUCGUGGUCAGAUAUUGACAGAAGUUGAACAUCUAAUUUUAAGUGGAGACCCAUCUAGACAAAUCCUUGGAUGUAACAUUAUUUCUGCAUUAAUGCAAGAAUAUGCAACAACUGUCAAAUCUUCAGAUGUUGGUCUCACAUGGGAAACACAUUUUAAAGCAAAAAAGCAGUUUGAGGUGACAGAUCUGAAGCGGAUUUUCCAAUUCUGUGUUCAGGCUUUGGGUGAACUGUCAAAGUUGGUUCCUCCUUACUCUGAUGAAGUGCUAGCACUCCUGAAACAUUUGCUGUCCAUUGCAGAGGGUGUUUUGAGUUGGGGGUUCAUCUCGGCUAAUCUGCCAAAACGUUUGAUUGGAGUGUUUGAAACUGUCUAUGAGUCAGACCAGAGCCCUGCAUUAAGACUGGGAACCCACUGGAAAGAAGUGAUUUUGGGUUCUAAUGUUGUCACUCUCUUCUUUACUAUUCACUGGAAAGUUCGUGAAAAUCCCCAGUUAUGUCACCACUCACUCAAUUGCUUGGUGCAGUUAGCGUCACUCAAUGGAGCUGUGUUUGAAAAUAAAGAUGUUCGAGUUCAGUAUCUUGCAAAUUAUAUGCAAAGUUUUCUUAAUCUUGUCACAAGUGUGGACAUUUUGGACCGACAAGCACUAGGUAUAUCCAACAUCAUACGCAAAUUGAUACUGUUCUUCCCUCCGCCACUGCUGAUUACCAUGCCUUCUGACUUACUGCAAUCCUUUUUUGAGCAGCUGACACAACUGACUUGUAGGUUCUCAGAGGGAGCUGCACAAGAAGAAUUGUUGUGUGCAGAAGAUUGUUUAUAUAUGGAAGCAUUUGACAAUAUGCUUGAAGCAUGGAUCUCUGUCCUGCUUGACUCCCAGGUCUUUCCUAAAGAUUUCUGCAAGCAGUCUUUCAUGCAGAUUUUCAACACGUACCUCAAAUGUCAUCUCUCACCGCCAGAUGGCACACGAGGGCAGGGUCGAGAAUUGGAUAUAGAAGAAAUAUAUGACACUGAAGAGGAUGACAGAACAAAGUUUAAGGAUCAGUUGCAGACGAUUGGUUCAUUUGGGAGACAG